AUGCCCAAGUUUUUCGCUGUUCCGUUGUUACAUCUCGACAAGUGUUUGCAGGAAGAUUGGUUUCCUCUGUUUGAUGGACCUCUUUGGAUUACAUUUGCUGAAUGCAUGGUCACAGUAGCUGUCUGUCUCAUUCAACUCAGGUCCAGUUCCUUUUCUAUUGUACGAAGUUUGAAACAGGGUUUCUUUGUUUCAGCUAGAGAGCACUCUCUGAAUAUCAAAUUGUCUCUCGCGUUCGCCCUCAUGAUAAUCUGCAACAAUUUAUGCCUGUAUUACAUGGAUAUGUCAAUGUAUUUCGUUGCGCGUUCUCUAGCUGUCCCCAUCAAUCUGAUUUUUACGUACCGUAGUCGGUCAGUGAACAAUUGCAUUGGUGUACUUUUGGGCGCUCUUUUGGUGUUUGUUGGGUAUAUCAUUACAUUAAUUGAGGAGAACUUGACUAAUCUAUUGAUUGCUGAAGGUGUCGUUUUCGGCGUUCUCUCUUCUCUGUUCGUCGUCAUCUACUACCAGGAGGCGUGUCGUCUUUCGUCUGGCAAUAACUAUGACAUUCAUCUGAAGCAGGUUUACUUAAACAAUGUCGUUUGCAGCCUCGUUACACUCAUAGCUAUUACUUUUACUGAGGCUUCGGAGCUUAUGUUUCUCCCAUAUUCUCCCUACUGUGUCACCUCGUCCUUCGUGGGUACAGUUGUGCUCCGUGAAGCCACGACUCACUCAACAGGCCGGCUAGAGUUGAUUGGUCUGGUGCGAUCUCUCCUCCAGACUAUUCUGGCUGUGGUCAUUUUCCGCGUCUACACAACCGGAUUCUGGUGGGUGGGUGUGCUGCUGACUGCGGCGGGGAGUGCUAUCUACUGGAGGGCCUACAUGAUUCACGUCACCGAUCCUCUCAGCACAAACAAUAUUGCCAAAGACAGUCUCCCGUUAACUAAUAAUUUGAUGAAUUAA